AAGAAGAAAGAAGAACCUCAGCAGAAACGAUACAGCCACUGAUUCGAGCGACGGAGCGAAGACGCCGUUAAAACAAGACAAACAAGCCGACGCACGUGAGCGCCGAUUCCGAAACUAUGGAAGGUAGUCUAAAGACGCCGAGGCCUCUUGAUCUGUCGUCGCAGUCGCCAGACACCUGGGACGACUGGCUUCAGAGCUAUGAAUGGUACGCAACAGUGAUCCAGUUACAGAAGAAACCUCCCGAAGUUCGAGUAGCGAACUUCAUGACUGUCAUCGGCCCAGACGCACAGAACGUGUUCCGAACGCUCCCACUGAGCGAAGACGACAAGAAAAACCUGGACAUCGUAAAGCAACGGUUCAAAGAGCACUUCCACCCGAGGGUCAACCAUGCCUACGAACGGUACAGGUUCAAUCAAAUGAAGCAGAAAGAGGUCGAGACUUUCAACGAGUUUCUGACCGCCGCAAGACUACAAGCAAAGAAAUGCAAGUUCGGUGAGCUGACUGACGAACUACUACGCGAUCGCAUUAUCGUUGGCAUCACCAACGACGAUGUCAGAGAAAGACUGCUAAGC